CAAAUUAGGCAUUAGAUAUAAUCUCCAGUAAUCGUCUUAUGCCUGGCGCCUUCUUAAACUUGUACAAUAUAAUAUCAUUGAAUUAAGUAACGAGUUUUCCUUUCCAAUUGGUUUACAAGAGGGAAGGAAUGAGUGGGUGUAUCAACAAAACACACGGUCAAAAAAUGGAUAACAUAAAUGGUAUCCAAAUAAAUUUCUCUAGUGAAAUGGUAUAGCUCGUAUAUUUGUCUUUGUUCAGUGACACUCGAGCUAAUUUACCCUACAUAUAGUGUGACUUAUGUAACUAAAUUUUCACGAGUACUGCAUAUCGUUAAUGAAAUAACACGAUUACAACAUAAUUAACCAUAAUUUGGGAUAUGAUACUAGUACUACCUUCUUCGUUCGUCCGAUAUUCGUAUAGCAACCAAGGUUAAUAGCAAAACAAAGAACCUAUGCCUUGUUGAAACAGCUAUAACUCUAAGCCGGUAAUUCCCUCUGCCUGUUGUUACUAAACUUGAGGUUUUUCUUUGGCAAUGGCUGAAGUCUUGACUCUAUAACUGAAUUUUCUUGGAUGAAUCAAAGAAAUCGCUUUCUUCUCAACCAAAACCAAAACUUGCUUUGCCCAUUCCAUCUUUGAUCGAAACCAAAUCUGCGACUCCAAUCUCACCUAAACCUUGAUGGUUUUUCCACCCAAAAAGAAACAAGCAUUUCCAAAUUCCAACAACUUCACUCUGCAUUACUACAACCUGUUCACGUCCAAUAAUGAACAAUCUUUAGGACUCACCUAAGGCUAACUAGAAAUAAUGCCACCAACUUCACUCUCACAAUCAACUACUCCAACAAUCACCUUCUUCCGUCCCUUCCAUGGCUCCCUUCGGCUUCCUAUUUAAACAACCAUCGCUCAACCUUGCUGUUCUCACUAAACCACCUAGAGCUCCUUACCUUAAUCUUUAGGAAAACUAAACAAAAAUAUGUCGAUCACCUCGAUGGUAUCCUCUGUUUUCAUUUCACUCAUAGUUGCUGCAGCAUACAUGGCAGCUCAAGCCACUGCCGUAUCGCCACUACCAGCACAAGGUGCUGCAGAAGACCCCGUUCUGGAGUUCUACAUGCACGACAUUCUCGGCGGAAGCAGCCCCACAGCCAGGCCGAUCACCGGCUUGCUGGGGAACAUCUACAGUGGUCAGGUGCCCUUCGCUAGGCCAGUUGGGUUCGUUCCUCCCAAAGGCGGAGUAGCCAUCCCAAACGCCAACGGUGCCCUCCCGACUGUCAACAUCAACGGCAUCCCUCUGGGGACGGGCCUGGCUGGAACCCGGUAUGCUGGAGGGCAAGCAAAUGGUCAGAACCAGAACAAUGUUAAUCAGAUACAGACGCAGCUGGGACCAGAUGGGUUGGGACUUGGGUUCGGGACAAUCACUGUCAUCGAUGAUAUUCUCACUUCCACCCCUGACUUUGGGUCACAGCAGCUUGGCAAGGCUCAGGGUGUUUAUGUGGCAAGCUCUGCAGAUGGCAGCACCCAGAUGAUGUCGUUUACCGCCAUGUUCGAAGGUGGGGAGUUUGGUGACACCCUCAACUUCUAUGGUGUGUACAAGAUUGGCAGCCCCAUGUCGUACUUGUCGGUCACCGGUGGAACGGGGAAGUUCAAGCACGCCAUCGGGAGUGCCAAUGUGAGAGGGCUCAUCCCUUCUGGACAACAUGUCACAGAUGGUGCUGAGACAUUGCUGAGGGUCACUGUUCAUCUCAAGUACUAAAACAAAACCCAAAAAAAAAAAAAAAGGAUCUUG